AUGCCGCGGCCAUUACAUCUCACUACAGCGCUUCCUCGACAGCUGCGAGAGGAGCUGGGAAUCAGGGAUCGAUAUGGAGAAAAAGAACGGAAUCGCAACCGGCCUGUGUCACGCAAAGCCCAGCGCAAAGAAGAGAGGCAGCAAAAACGACAUCAUGGCCGGGGAGGGGGAAUAACUCGUAAACAACAAGAAGCUUUUGAUAGCGACAAAGAAGAAGUUGAAAGCGAGGAAGAGAUCGAAGAUGAAGAAGACUCCAAUUCCGAAGACGAGCGCAAUGCCGCAUCUGCGAAGCUAUCCAAACCGCGAAAGACCAAGACAGCCGACGAAGAAGAAAACUCCAGACCGAAAGAACCGAAGAUCUCAAAAUCCGUGAGGGAUAAACUUGCACAAGACGAAAAGGAAAUCGAGGCUCUGGAGAAGCGGCUUGGUAUUAAGGGACGGAAAAAACUACCAAAGGCCUUUGAGGAAGAAGGUCUCGCUGAUAUUUUGGGUGGUCUCGCCGAAGAUUCGGAAUUAGAAGAGACUAAAAAGAGGAAACGUGAGGAAAGUGACUGGCUGCAGAGCAAAAGGAGGAAAGCGCAAGGCUUGGAUCUCGAGGAGGACGGUAGUGAGGUUGAAGGUUCAGAUGGGCUCGAACAAGGCUCAAGUGCAUCUGAUAGUGAUGAAUUCGACCUUCUAGACGAAGACGUUGGAUCCGAUGAAGCUCUAGAGAGCGGGACCGGUGAAUCUGAAGAGUCUGAUGGGCUUGAAGACGCAGAUGAAGAGGACGAUCAGCCAUUGGACGCACCCAAAGAGAAAAAGACGCGAGAAAACCCUUACGUCGCCCCUGUCACGAAAUCAAUCUCUACAUCGAAAUAUAUUCCUCCAUCCAUGAGAGCGGCUGCGUCAGGCACUUCCGAAGAUGAUGUUCGUUUGCGCCGACAGGCACAAGGCUUGCUGAACAAGCUUUCAGAAGCCAAUUUAAUCUCAAUUUUGAACGAUGUCGAGAAGCUAUACCGAGAGAAUCCACGCCAAAGUGUUACUUCAACGCUAUCCUCUCUUUUGUUAACUCUCGUGGCUGAUCGUGCAUCGUUGCAAGAUACAUUCAUCAUUCUUCAUGCUGGAUUUGUAGCUGGGUUAUACAAACUGCUUGGAAUGGAUUUCGGCGCAAUAAUCAUUCAGAAUCUAGUUGAGAUGUUCGACAAGUCCGCGGAUGAAAGAGGGCCGUUUACCGGAAAAGAGCAUUUGAAUUUGAUGUCACUUCUUUCGCAACUCUACAACUUCCAUGUGAUUGGGAGCAAUCUGGUUUUUGAUUACAUCAGCCUAUUUUUGCAGGAUAUCACAGAGACCAAUACUGAACUACUUCUCAAAAUCAUUCGCAACUCUGGGCCUCAGCUUCGACAAGAUGAUCCGUCAGCUCUCAAAGACAUAGUUCUCCUCAUUCAACCUGCGGUAGCCCGCAUUGGAGAAUCCUCCCUCUCCGUCCGCACUAAAUUUAUGAUCGAAACUAUUACAGAUCUCAAGAACAAUCGUAUGAAAACUGGGGUAUCAGCAUCUACCAUAUCAUCUGAACAUAUCACGAAGAUGCGCAAGAUCUUGGGAUCAUUAAACAAUCGGAAUAUUCGCGCCACUGAACCAAUCCGAGUCUCCAUGGCCGAUAUUCGCAACUCGGAAAAGAAAGGCAAGUGGUGGCUCGUAGGCGCCAGCUGGAAAGAAUUCGACCCUCUUGAGGCUGCGCGCCAAGAAUUAUCUGCUUCUUCAGCAGUCGUGGCGAAUCCUACCACGAAAGUAUCUGUAGACGAAGACAGUGAUGGGGAACCCGAUCUCGUGAGCAUAGCCAAGGCGCACCGCAUGAAUACAGACGUCCGUCGGUCAAUUUUUGUGGCUAUUAUGUCUGCAACCGACUAUCGAGAUGCUCACGUUCGACUCUUGAAGCUGCAUCUGAAAAAGAACCAAGAAUACGAAAUACCACGCGUACUCGUGCAUUGUGCAAUGGAAGAAGAAGCCUACAAUCCAUAUUACACACUGAUUGCUCGCCGACUCUGCAGUGAAAUGGGUCGACGAAUCAAGAUGUCUUUUAUGUUCACACUAUGGGACGUGUUCAAACGGAUGGGUGAAAAGAACGACCUCGACGAAGACGAUAACGACAGUGAAUUCAAUGGUUUCGACGAUGACUCUAACGAUGCUGCAAAACUGAAUAUGAAAUCAAUCGUCAACCUCUCCAAGAUGUACGGCUCUUUGAUCAGUGAAAGUUUGCUGAAUUUGGCAAUACUGAAAAAUCUUAAUUUCGCCUAUCUGCAACCUAAAACCAGUACCUUUGUUGAAAUUCUGAUAAUCACUAUCAUCCAACAAUCCCAAUUGCUCCCAUCGACAACAAAGCGCAGGACAAAAUCUACGACGCAGAAGGAGAAAGAAAUGGAGAAUGAGGAAAAAACAGAAAAGCAAGCUCUCAUUCUUUCUCGUAUCUUCUUGCAGACACACGAAAUUGCGCCUCAUAUUGUCAAGGGUUUGUUGUAUUUUAUUCGCAAAGUCGUUGCGAAGUCGGAUAUUGUAUCCAGCAAUAAGGAGAAAAAGAUGGUCAAAUGGGGCUGUACUGUGGCGACGAAUGCUUUGAAGGGGAUUGAAGAACGAGGGGAUUGA